AUGUCUCCAAAAUGCCCAGACAGACUGCUACCAAAGAUUCAACGGAAGCAUCCUGAUGAAUAUGUUGACGAUGGGAAGAAGCUCAAUCUGAAUCAGAUUGGAGCAACUCUCCCAGCUACUGUUCCAGCUAUAGUUCCUGGAGCUUCUGCAUCCACAAGUGGAGCAUCGAGCGUUGCGGGAAGCGUUAACACACCUUUGCGACUUGCUGGUACUACAGGUAAUCAGAUGAUGCAAUUUCCUUUGGGAAUGCAGCUCAUGCAGAUUCCAACUCAAGUGGAAUGCAACUUCGCCAUCAAGGCUUCAGUGUUGCUCAAGUGCCCCAAGGAUUUGAUGCAACUCAAGCUCGAACUGAAAAAGACUGGCUAUUACGAUACGUCAAAUGUCUUCCACAAUGCUAUCAAGGGAAAGGAUGAGUAUGGCAAUGAUGUCUAUCUUAUUCCAUGUCCUGCUGGUACGACAAAUGUCGAACUUCAAGCCGACUGGCACUAUGCUGGUGAAGAUGAAGAUUUUCCUGAUCUUCCCACUGAGGCAGAUCGAGGUCUGCAGUUUAUUCAAAGCUGCAGAAGAGAAAGAGACCCAUUUGGAUUGUACAAUCAUGUCAUCAUGGACAGUGGUUGUACCAAAACCACCAUUUGUAAUGGUGAGCUCAUGCAUGGACUCUGUCAGGCUGAGAAGGAGCUCGAUUUGCACACCAACGUGGGCAGCAGAGUUCUUGACGAAGAAGGUUUUCCGCCUCCAGUUUAUUACAAUGUAUAA